AUGCCAUCGCGUGUCUGCCGUGCACCGGGUGAGCCGGACUGGGCCAAAUGGGAUUACACGGGGUGCCAGCCGGACCUGGAUAUCGAUGAGAUAGACCUGGAUUAUUGUUCUCAAAACGGCUGUGGCGUCGUUGUCCGUUAUCCCAAAGAGGAGAACGAUGUGAUCCGGGAUGCUGACUAUGUCCCCAGAGAGGAAGACACUGUGCCAUAUGAAUAUGGCUCUGAUCACGAAUCCAUGGAUGCCGUGAGCCUUGGGGAAGAUAGCGGACCGAAUGAUGAAGGCGAUGGCAAGAGGGCAGAGGAAGAAGACCAGUGGUAUCGUGACUGGCUCUUGUCAAGCGGAAACCCGCAGAGCUUGCUGCCCGGAGAGCCCGCCUGGACUCCUCCCGUCCACAGGGAUCGCCGCAACGAAGUUAUUUUCCCGCUGACUUCGGGUCAGCUCCCCGAGGGAUAUAGCAUAGAACAACUAGAACAUCUUGCCGGCCCAACCUGUGCUGACGCGCAUGCAUAUUCUGGGCAUAGAAUCUCUAUGGAGGCGAUGAGAGGUUGUCGAACCGCACAGUUUCUGGUUCACAAGGAGGCCUCUGAGGCAGACUGGCAGCCUGACGGCCUAGACGAGGAUUGGGAGCUCUCCGGAGAUUGGUUUCUCUCGGGCCUCAGUGAUGGAACAGGAUCGCGCGAUACGGAGCCUGCGGAUGUGUCUCCUCCUCGAGGCGGGCUUGACCAGAUCGAUGCUGAUAAUAUCAAUUUUGAUCCACAAGAUAUGGAUUCCGAUUCCAUCGCUAUGCCCUUUCAUCCCUGGUGUUUUGACAUUUUCUGCCGCCUAUCAAAGGUCCGCUUCAACCACGUCAACGUCUCCGGCCUGAUGAAAUGGCGCAAUACAGAAUUCUCCUCAGAUGACUUCGAUGCGUUCCCUCGCAACAGGGACGUGCUCGAGGCGCAGCAGCAGUGGUGGUGCCACAACCACGGCCACGAGUACCUGGUAGCAAACCCGCUCUAUGUGCCCAAUUUAGAUUCUCUUCUUCUCGCUACCGUCCACGAAGAGGAAGAUCAUUUCUCUCCACACAUUGGGGCAUUCGAUCUGUCCAGGCGCGUUAAGCACACAGAAAUUCUCACAGAUCAAGCCCGCCCGGCCGAUUUCUUAGCAUCACUCCCCUUGGAACUGCGACUCUACAUUGUCGGCUUUCUCGGCUCGCGGGAUAUUGCAAACCUCAGACUUGCUUCCCGCACUUUUGAACAGCUCCCCGUCGGCCUCUGGUACCGUCUGGUUCGCGAUGAGAUGCCCUGGCUUUGGGAAGCAUGGGAUGAGACCGAAUGUGCUCAUGUCCCUUCCAUCUGGACAACUGUAACUGCAACUGAUGUCCAGUUAUUCGUCAAGAAAAGGCAACAUUACGCCAGCGUGUUAAGUGACGAGUAUCAGGGGGGCAAUAUUGAAGAUUACCUCGAUCUCCUGGUGCCGAUGCCAAUGACGACCCCGCGCCAACUCAUAUUACCCAGAGCAAGAACAAAUUGGUAUCAGGUUUAUACACAAAUCAAACGCAACUGGAGCCAGCUGAAGGGAUUGCAGAAUCGGCAACGUAUUUGGACAGAUGUGGAGGAGAUCAUUGCGCGGAUUAUAAAAUACUCGUACACAGUAGACUAG